AGUGUUCGCGGAGUACAGGGAGACCACAGCACUACCAUUCCACAGUUAUCCUUACCACAGUAAAUAGGUAAACAGUUUAAUUGUGUUAUUAUAAUUAGGAAUUACGUCUCUCAUUACCUGACAAACGAAAAACGAUUAGUUUUGCUGUGCCUACAUCAAGCCAACUCGAUAGCCGGUUUUCUAUUAGUAUUAAAAAUGGAACUUAGUAAAGAAACAGGUGAACCUAUGGAAGUAGACGAGAUAACUGACAGUCCAUCCAUUGUUCAUAAUAAUCAUAUUAACAAAAAGAAACAAUCUAAAUCAAGAAUAUCAACACCAGGACCUAAUGCUAUAAAGAAUAAUCGGAGUAAUAAGAGGCAUAAGAAUGACAACACACGCAGUGAUACCUUAAAAUCUUUGGAAUUACAUAUUCCUCCUUCUUCAAAACUUACUACUCCUAAAUUUAAUUUUAAUUCUACUAACAAUAGAAUACUCCGUAGUGGUGGCAGAAAAGAUAAUUAUAAUAUCAAAGAUGCCAUUUUUAAAGUCCCAUUUGAGCAUGGAUGGAAAAGAGAAUUAGUAUACAGAACAUCAGGUGAAUCUGCUGUUGUUACUCGGGCCAAUAAAAGUGGUGAUGUAUACUAUUAUUCUCCAAAUGGUCAGAAACUACGAUCAUUACGAGAAAUUCAGGAACAAUUGGAUAUUUCAUCUGAUAAAACUUCUCUUACUAUAGACUGUUUUACUUUUUUAACUCAACCAAUUGGCAUGAAUGAUCAAUCAAAAGAAGUGAUCAUAGAUGCCGAUUUCAAAAGAUUAAGGGAUGACACUACUGUUGGUGUUGCAGUUCAACCUAAAAAGUCUAAAACACCUAAACAGCGCCCACCAUUUGAUUGUGAAUUGACAGGUGAUGGAAACAAAAAGUCUGCUAGUAAAGUGAAAAAGGUUUUUAAAAAUGCGAAGACUUCCUCAGGAUCAAGAUCCAAAAAAGAACUUACUACUCCUAAAUUGAAUGUUCCAUAUAUCGCUCCUCCUAAAAAUAGAAUGGUCCAAAGUGCAGUAAUAGAUAUUGAUUCCCUGAUCACUGAUUCUAUUUUUAAAAUUCCAUUUGAGCAUGGAUGGAAACGAGAAUUAGUAUACAAAACAUCAGGUGAAUUUACUGUUGAUACUCGGGCGAAUGGAAGUGGUGAUGUAUUCUAUUAUUCUCCAAAUGGCCUGAAACUACGAUCAUUACAAGAAAUUCAGGAACAAUUGGAUAUUUCAUCCGAUAAAACUUCUCUUACUAUAGACUGUUUUACUUUUUUAGCACAACCAAUUUUCGUGUAUGAUAAAUCAAAAGAACAAAUCAAAGUUGUAAAUUUAAAUUUAUAUAAGCAUGACACUAGUGUUGGUGGUGCUGUUCAACCUAAAAAAUCUAAAACACCUAAACAGCGCCCACCAUUUGAUUGUGAAUUGACAGGUGAUGGAAACAAAAAGUCUGCUAGUAAAGUGAAAAAGGUUUUUAAAAAUGCGAAGACUUCCUCAGGAUCAAGAUCCAAAAAAGAUCUUACUACUCCUAAAUUGAAUGUUUCAUAUAUCGAUCCUCCUAUAAAUAGAAUGGUCCAAUAUGCAGUAAUAGAUAUUGAUUCCCUGAUCACUGAUUCUAUUUUUAAAAUUCCAUUUAAGCAUGGAUGGAAACGAGAUUUAGUAUACAAAACAUCAGGUGAAUCUGCUGUUGAUAAUCAGGCCAAUAGAAGUGGUGAUGUAUACUAUUAUUCUCCAAAUGGCCAGAAACUACGAUCAUUACAAGAAAUUCAGGAACACUUGGAUAUUUCAUCCGAUAAAACUUCUCUAACUAUAGACUGUUUUACUUUUUUAGCACAACCAAUUUUCUUGAAUGAUGAACAUAGAGAACGAAUCAGAGAUGCAAGUUUCAAAUUAUUUAAGGAUGAGACUAUUGAUGAUGAUGCUGUUCUACUUCAAAUAUCUAAAACACUUGAUCAGCGCCCACCAUUAAAUAAUGAAUUGACAGAUGAUGGGAACAAAAAAUCUGCUAGUUAAAUGAGUCAUUUUGAAAUAUGCAAAGACUUCCUUAAGAUCAAGAUCAAAAAAAAGUGAGUCGCAGAAAUGUAUUAAAUAUGGAUCAGAAAACAUAAGUUCUUGCUCUAUAGAAAUUGUUAGAUACUAUGAUGCCGGAUGCUAACACUAGGGUAAUUAAGGUUUCCUUUUUGAGAACAGUUAUAGUUUAUUUGUGUAAAUAGUUUAAUGAUCUUUGAAUUAAAUGUUUAGUAUUCAUUUGUUUCUUUUCUUUACACUAAAACCCUUUCAUAUUAUGAUUCUAUAUUUGUGAGCAUGACAAUUUUUUUAUUUUUUAUUGUAAUUCAAGGUUGACGAUAUUAAU